AGAAGGCAUGAGAAGGUCAGCACAUAGUCGUUAUAGCAAACGAAUUGAUUCCGAAGGGAGUCGGACUGCAUCUUGUGUGACACCACCACCAGCAGGAGCAGUGACCGACUGAUGAUAUGGACUACUAUAAGGUGACUACUCCCUCUGGUGUGGACAAUACAGUAACCUCAAUGCACGAUGAGCUGUGUGUAACGGAGAGGAGAGUACUUGUUCGAGACCCACGUUAUAUGGCCCCUGAAGUCCUACGUUUACCUGUGUGGCAAUCUCAACUGGGCAUAGACCACCGUUGCGAUAUUUAUAGUUUCGGGGUUCUCCUCUGGGAGUUGCUGACAUGCCGUAGAGCAUAUGCUGGUUUUACUAAUGCACAGAUACGGGCCUAUGUGGGCUACGGUGAUGGCACGCUGCCACAUCUGUGUGGGUCUGCUCCAUCUGAAGUUCGCCAUUUGUUGGACACUUGUCUUGAUCCUAACCCUGCCAACCGGCCCACGUUCGAUUCGGCCAUACGACGUUUGACUAGACUACAAGGACGAAUGAACACUGUUGCUGAGGAUGCCCUGAUCUCGUUCAUGGUUGGGGUUUAGCACUAGCGUUGCUGUCUGGCCGCCCUGUCGAGUGUAGUGUUAUUGUCCAUACUGCUGCUGCUGCUGCUGCUUAUCGUUGUUGUUAUUAUUCCUAAUGCGGCGAUGAUGAUAUUUUUAUGUAUAAUUCAACCACCAAAUGAUGAUGAUCAUUCUUGUUCUCUACCGCUAAUUUUUCGUCAUCACUAAUACCAUCACACCCGCGUCACCAUAGACCUCCUCCUCCUCGCACUCCCCUGACAAACGUUAGCAAACUCUGGCUCGUGAGAGGUCAAGGGAACGGCCCACUUGUCGAAUGAACGAACAUUAA